AUGGACAGAGAUGAACCUGAUGUCAUUUUUUUUGCCUUUCAGUGUCGUUAUUGUGGUGGAUUCAGCGGUGAUGCUAGAAAUAGACUUACAUAUAAUGAAUCUAAAAAAGUACAGCAUGUUCAAUGGGAAGAGGUGGAAUCAGAAGAUGAAAGAACUUGGAAAGGAGUUACUACAGCUGAGGAUACUAGUAGCCCUUCCACCACACAAACUAUUACGGCCGAUACUAACAGUCUUUCCACCACCCUAACUACUACUGCUGAGAGUACUAACAGCCUUUCCACCAGUACUACUGCUGAGAGUAGUAGCAGUCCUUCCACCACACAAACUACUACUGCUGAGGGAACUAGCAGCCAAACUACUACUGUCGAAAGUACUAGUAGCCCUUCCACACAAACUACUACUGUCGAAAGUACUAGUAGCCCUUCCACCAUCCAAACUACCGUAGCCAAGAGUACUAUCAGAACUACCACACAUGACAUAUGCCUCAAUGGUGGAAUCUAUGAUGGAAUCAAGUGCAUCUGUAAUGAAGAUUUAUUCUACGGACCCAAGUGUGAGUUCCUCGUGGAUGAGAUUCCAGUCACUGAAUUAAAGGUGACCAUUAAUGUCGAAGCUCAAGUAAAAAUUACUAACAAAGAGUACAAUAAAUCUCUGGAAGACUUAACCUCUAAAUAUUCUCAGGAAAUUCAGGCUCAGUUUAAAAGCCAGAUGAAAGAUGUUUAUCGUGAUGCCCCUGGAUACCUUGAUGUGGAGAUCUUACGAAUGAGGGCUGGCAGCAUUAUUGUGGAGCACAAAGUCCUCUUCCAAGUACAAAUAGAGAAUAAUGAGGAAAAGAUCCAGCAAAUAGAGAAUACUCAGAAAACUAUUACAAAAAAAGUGAGCGAUUCCUUGGCAGACAUCCAAAGUGAUGGGCACUGUACCACGGAUUCAGGAUCAGAACUAUGCUUUGUUCCUUUACCUAACUUAAUUCUUGGUUCAAGUUAUUCAUUCAAUGGCACCUGUGAAAAUAUUAUUGAUCCGAUGUAUGCAGACUACUAUUAUCCCCACAUAAUUGACGGUACUGUGCGCUGUGUCUCAAGAUGUAUCAACGGCACUCAAGAUUCCAUGAACUGCUUCAAUGGAGUUUGCCGACUCUCUGGAAUUGGUCCCCACUGCAUUUGCAAUAAUUUGGACAUAUUCUUGUACCUGGAUAGUUACUGCCAAAUGCCUGUCCAAAAGACCGCCCUGGGCAUUGGUCUUGCCCUGGCUGUGCUCUUCGUGGUCAGUAUCAUCCUUGUUAUUCUUCUCAUCAGAGCCAAGCGGAAGAAUUCCAAAAAUAGCUGGUCUGCUGAUGCUGACAUCUGGUAUGGAGAGGAUGCAGAUGAAGAAUGGAUACCUUCAGGUGGUUUGAACAUUAUAAAUACAACAGCAGCCUCAUCCUGGGAUGAACAUCAAGACAGAAGGAAAACCCAUCACUUCAGCUAGUAAAUACUUCACUGCAGAAGUGAACUGAAUUUUAUCGUGGGACACAUCCUGAAUCUUCCUCUUGAGUAGCUGUUGAAUAGUUAAAUUAGCAUCCUAACCACUGUACCAAAGUAUACUAGUAGUCUGGUGUAUCUAAUAAAUGGCAUUACUAAAGUCUACCUUCCCAAUUGUCUCAG